UGAUCUGCUGCAACCAUCUUGUGCGCGCCUCCUCUCGCCACCCGAACCGGCGUUGGCUGUCGGAACUCGUGUAGCGAGUCAAGGCCGAAGAGCGAGCACCAUCAUCCACUGCGGAAGCAGCAGCAUGGAGAAUGGCAAGGCCGUGCGUGCGCUGCUCGCCAUCGUCACCGUCAUUGCCGCGUGUCUCCUGCAGCCGUCGCAAGCAGCUGUGAUGGCGAGCGCGAGCGUGGGGCUUGGCGUGAAGAUGACGCUCAGUGGGCGCCCUGUCACCUUCAAGCCGCCGCUCUUCUGUGCGGCCAUUCCAGCCACAGCGGCUGACUUGCAGGUGGUGUGGCAGCAACCACAACCACGCAAGGCUGCCUCCGCGCCUGCCACCGGGCCUUGCACGACCAUCCAGUUCUUCCAGAGUCGAGGGUGCUCAGGAAAGGCGAUUGACACCCUCGUGAACGGCGAUGAGAGUUCCAAGAAGCUCGCCAAGGGAGUGAAGUCCGCCCGCUGCGUCAUUGAAUCCACAGGACCUGCCAUCGACACCACAACACCUUCCGGCGACACCCCCGUCACGACACCUUCGAGCGAGACCCCCAUCACUGCACCUUCCGUGCCGCGCGUUUUUACCCCCUUCCCGUUUUAG